UUAAAAGGGAUUUGUUAUAAUAAUAUGUAUACACCAUAAUAAUAAUUUUAUGAUAAUAAUUGCAUACGAAAGUAAUUAAUUAAGAAUGGAAGUCGUUGGCAAGUUUCACAUGAUAAAAGAAACGGUGUCAUGGUAUCUCCUCCCUCUACGUACCGACAAUGCUCUUCCUUGCUACGACCACGCAUAUGUUUCUGGAUAUGAGUCUGAGUUUGAUGUUGUUGCCAUUGGUGAACGGAGAGACAGAGUCCGUAAGAUCUUAUUGCGGGCUCUUGUUCACUCAGAGCAACCCGAAGAUGUAUUUUGUGCAAUGACUAUGCUUCAAGGUUUGUUGCUAAGCGCGAGUAACAACCCUAAGAAAAGGAGAAAAGCGUUGUAUCUACUUGCCAUCGGGUACUAUAAACGUGGAAACUACUUGAAAUGUAGGGACCUGGUCUAUGAUUGCCUAGAGAUUGCACCAUGCUGGCUCAAGGCACUUAAUCUCAAGUUGUUAAGUGAAGAUCGUAUUAAUAAAGAGGCAAUAAAGGAUAAGCUCAUUGAUGCUGUCACUAUAGUUGGUGCUGUCUCUAGCUUACUUGGACAUACUAGCCUGUUUUCAUGGGUCUCCGAGGCAUUGGCAUUCAUGAAUUUGAUCAAAGAUCGUGUUAAAGGUGUGCCGGCUUUAUUGCCCGAGACUAGUAACCUCUUGCAAGUGAAAGAAGAGAUUUGCUCACUUGCUGAUCGGUAUUAUACGAGAGGAAACUACUUGAGGAGCAGACUCAUUAUUGAUCACUGCUUGGAGAUUGACCCUGAAUGGAAGCCAGCAAUAAAACUCAAGGAAAUACUUGAAUCUGCAGAAAGACCAGCAAUAACUGUCAAGCAAUCAAAUGAAUAUGUGUGGUAUGCAGGUGAAGCAAUUGGCCUGUGGAUUUGUAUAGCAAUUGGUGUCGGGGUUGUGGCUUUAUCAAGGCGCAGAAGAUGACAUUGUAUAUAGGUCAUAUCUAGGAUUUUGUAGUUAAAUUCCAGUAUGUAGCAAAAAGAUUCAGACAUGCAAUUGUGCUUAUUUGUCAUCAUGUUGAUAACUUGAUGGAUAUUGCGCAAAAGCAUAAGAGUAUGAAAAAGAGAUCGUUGAGAACUGGAAUAGCAGCAAGAAGAAAUACAUGAAAAUUUUGUUAACUUGUAAAGAGACAAUGCAAAUGAUAAAUGACACAUGUAAUGCUGAAAAUGUUAGAUUUUCCAACAA